AUGGAAUCUCUAAGCGUUGCCGAAGGUAACCAAACUACAGUUCCCGCGCUUUCGUACUAUUCCAAUACUGUCCUUGGUAAUAUGAACAACCAGGAUGUAGUCACCGGGCUCCUAAUAGGACUGGUUAUUGGUGUUGCCAUGCUGGUACUCCUGCUUGGCAUUCUCCUGACCUUGUUCCUUCUUGGAACCCGAUCUGCUUCAAUCUUUUCUGCCGAUAAGCACAAACUGUCGAAGGUCACUGGACCCGGCGACUGCAGCUUUGGGCCACCUGCGAAUGCCUACCGGGAAGAGCAACUAUCUUCACAACCGACAAUAUUACACCAGCCACCUGCAGACCUUCUUGUUCACCCAGUAUAUCGAAGUGGCUAUUGGCAGGGGAAUAGUCCAAAUCUAACGGCUAGCGAUAUUGAGCAAAUUAAAGUGCCCCAAUCUUUGAAACCGGGUCACUGGGGUAAAGCGCAACCCUCUUAUGAACAGCCAAUGUCAACAAUGCCGCCAAUAUCCGAGUCAAAUAGUUGA